UAAACGUCUGUAGAUCCUAUGAAGUGUGCCGCGUUCGUCGGGGAGCCACUGAAGGAGAAUGUAUCCCACGUGAGACCGGCGUAACAGCGUUACCUAGAGUCAGCGUAUCAGGUGUUGCCCUCAACGUGACGCACAACUGUGAUGACGUCAUGGCGAGCCACCCCUGUACUGGAGUGUACACGCUGACAGCACCGGAAGUGAACAACGUGUCCGUGUUUUGCGAUAUGACAACACUCGGUGGUGGCUGGUUGAUGUUUCAGAGAAGAAUGGACGGAUCUGAAGAUUUCUACAGAACGUGGAACGAAUACAGAUACGGGUUUGGUGACGUAGACAGAGAAUUCUGGCUUGGAAACGAGAUUAUCCACCAGGUAACAAGUCGGGCGGUUUACGAACUGCGGAUUGAUUUGGACGAUUUUGAAGGCAACACGCGCUAUGCGAUGUACUCUCCGUUUUCAUUGGCUAGCGAGGUGGAGAACUACACUCUUCACGUUGGAUCUUACAGCGGAGAUGCAGGCAAUUCCUUAGGUUGGAUUAAUGGUGUACCAUUCAGCACUAAGGACAUGGAUCUGGAUUCGAAUGAGCACGGUAGCUGUGCCGUGAUAUAUCACGGAGCCUGGUGGUACACGGCAUGCCAUUCAGUAAACCUAAAUGGUCGGUACCUCGGAGGUCUUACUAAGGAAUUUGCCACGGGAGUUGUGUGGAUGAACUGGAAAGGAUAUUAUUACUCGUUGAAGAGAACUGAAAUGAAAAUAAGACUAAUAUCGCCAUGACAUUCUUGUUUGUGUAAUUUACGUAGUAUUUAUAUAAGAUGCUACUUUCUUUGAGGGUAAAUCAGGUAACGCUAAGACCAAUUCCACCAUGACAUUCUUGUUUGUGUAAUUUACGUAGUAUUUAUAUAAGAUGCUACUUUCUUUGAGGGUAAAUCAGGUAACACUAAGACCAAUUCCACCAUGACAUUCUUGUUUGUGUAAUUUACUUAGUAUUUAUAUAAGAUGCUACUUUCUUUGAGGGUAAAUCAGGUAACGCUAAGACCAAUUCCACCAUGACAUUCUUGUUUGUGUAAUUUACGUAGUAUUUAUAUAAGAUGCUAUUUUCUUUGAGGGUAAAUCAGGUAACGCUAAGACCAAUUCCACCAUGACAUUCUUGUUUGUGUAAUUUACGUAGUAUUUAUAUAAGAUGCUACUUUCUUUGAGGGUAAAUCAGGUAACGCUAAGACCAAUUCCACCAUGACAUUCUUGUUUGUGUAAUUUACGUAGUAUUUAUAUAAGAUGCUAUUUUCUUUGAUGGUAAAUCAGGUAACGCUAAGACCAUCCCCAUUAUUUGUGUAAUAGAGUUUGUGUAUUAUGAUACUUUCUGUGAAGAGAACUGAAAUGAAACGAAGACCAGUUCACCCAUUACAAUCGCUUUUGUGUAACAGAGUUUGUGUAUUAUGAUAUUUUCUAUGAAGAGAAUUCAAAUGAAACUAAAACCAAUUCAUCCAUGACAAUCGACUUUGUGUAAUAUCGUUUGUGUAUUAUGAUACUUUGUUUGAAGAGAACUGAAAUGAAAUUUACACCAAUUCUACCAUUA